AUGGGGCACAUGCGCAACACGAUCCAGGCCCAGGAGGGCGCUGCCCCUGCGCGCAUGCCUGGCCUCGUGCCGCGCGCCCUGGCUAAGGCGCCCGACGCGCCCGCCAGCGGCGGCGGCGGCGCUGCGCUGCCGCCCAACGACGGGAGGGCAAAGUCGAACGAUGAGUUCCGGAAGAUGCUGCUGAGCGGGAAGAAGUGA